UGGGCCGCCGGGAGGCGGCGGGCGGACGGCGGCGGCGGCGGCGUGUGGAGCAGCGCGGCCCGCCCGGCCUCGGCCCCGCCGCGCCCAGCGCUCCCUGCCGGCGGGGCCGCCCCGGGCUCCGCCGCACGUAAACGGCCGCAUCCCCCGGGGCACCGGGCCCUUCUUCCCUCCCUCCCUCCCUCCCUUCCCCGGGGGCCGCCUGCCGGGCGGGGGGCGGCCGGGGCGGCGCGCGGGGCCGGGUGGGGGGAAGGCGGCCGGCGCGGCCCGGCUGAUGCUGGCUCUGCCGCUCGCAGCAGGCUCGGCCCGGGCUCCGGCGGGCUGGUGGCGGCGAUCGGGACCCGGAGGGGCUCCCGCGGGGCGCCUUUGCCCUUCCCCGCCUCGGCGGCGGGAGGCGGUGGAGGACUUUCUCCCGCUGCGGCCCCCUCGCUGCCCCCCAGACAUGGUCGGUCACCUACAGCUGCAAGGGAUGGACGAGAGCCUGAAGGAGAAGAGCCGGGAAGGCUUGCUGGACAGCCCGGACUCGGGGCUGCCCCCCAGCCCCAGCCCCCCCUUCUACUCCCUAUCGCCCGGCAGCGGAGAGGGCCGAGCCGGGGGCAGCGGCGGCGCGGACCCCCCGGGGCACCGGCGAGAGGCCAAGGACGGCAAAGUGAUGCCUUACCUGCUCCUGAACCCGUCCAUGCCAGAGAUGAGGCCUCGAAUGUACCCUGUGUUUUUUGGAGAAAGCAUUGAGGUCAGCCCUGAGCCCAUGCAGGAAAUUAGGUGCAACUCUGAGGUGAAGUAUGACUCCGAGAAGCAUUACCGGGAUGAUAUCUUCUACAGCCCUAUCCCCACUGUAACCACCUACAGCGAGACGGUCAUCGCUGCCCCCAAUUGCACCUGGCGGAACUACAAGUCCCAGCUGAUUUUUGAGCCUCGCCAAAAGCCGCUGAGGUUCCAGAGCACGACCAUCAUUUUUCCUAAGCGUGCCAAGAACAUUUACCGGACCACGCUCAACUACAGCUUGGGCUGUGCCAAACGCUGGUUUGCUUCCAGUGUGCAGCUGGAACUCUGCGAGGAGACCAGCCCCUGCGUCAUCUACAGCGAGACCCUCUGAUCCACCUUGCUACUGGCGACCUUGCGACCUCAAGGAGACUGUGGCCUUUGCUGGGUCUCUGCCUGGGCCCUCACUGAUGGCGACUGAGUAUUAGUGGCUAGAGAACGUGUCUUCCUGGGUGAGGCUGAACUGGCUGGGAGGAGGCUUGCAGGGCACGGGAUGGCUUUGAUCAGUGAAAGCUGGCUAGCGUUUUGCGACGUUCCUGACAUUCAUGAUCUGGAUUUUGUUUUUCUUUUUUUUUCUGAGCGUAUCUAUUUUUGACUUGUGUUUAGGUGAAAUCAAGAUGACAAAGGACCCUAUUACCCCAUAGCAGAGUGCUGCUUUGUGAGCUCUGUGGGUCUCGUCUAGGACAUAGGUGAGGCUUACUGUGGCCUUCAGAGCUUAUUUGAUCUCUGCAAAGGGAAGGCAACUGCAGAGUCACCAUCCAGCCUGCCCAGCAACCACCCAGCCAAAUCUUUCAGAGUUUAUAUGCAGAGGGGGCAGCUGUUUGUAUCAACAUGUUCCAUGCCGCUCCAAAAGCUCAUCUGGACGGUAGCUGCAAUAUUACACCACUGCAGUAACUCCCUGUCUAACUUACUGACAGGAGUGGGGACUGUCACCAAGAAAAAGAGGAGGAAAAUCACACAGAGUGUUCUUGCUAGCAGCUAGAUGUUUACAUACCAUAGCAAGACACUGUACAACAGAAGUAUCUAGAGGAAAUUUGUGGUUUACAAAGGUCCCUGCCAUUGGGAAAUAGCAGAAAGCUCAGCUCCAGACAGAGAAAUAGCCCAGAAAGUAGAGAACUGUACAGAAAGAUGAGAGCAGUACCUCCCUGCCACUGGAGCAGAUGUCCUGCACAGAGUGGUUACUAGCUGCAUUUUCCUCUGCAGGUAACAGCCUUCCACCAGCCUUGGCUGCGAGAGGAGCCAAGGAGGUGAUGUGAAUAGUCAUGACCUUGUCUGUCCCUAGUCCCACAGCUUACCUGAAAUGUGCCACAGCGGGACCGCACCAUGCAGGAACGUCACCCAGGCGCCAGCAACGCUCUCCUGCCAGUCUGUGCGUGUGGUGAAGAAAGGCCUGCCCACAGCCACGGCCACCUCUUCUGCGUACCCAGCCUAGGAAAGAGUUUGCAAGGGAGACCAAGGAAACAGAAUAGCUGCACAGCUAUUUUCUAAAAGUGUCCUAGCAUCCAGUCUGCAGGGCUCUCUAGGCAUCUGCAAACCUUAUGAGUUUCAGGGUAUGGCUCUAUUGCAGAGAGGAGUAUAGUGCAGGGAGAUGCUAACUAGCCUUAAAGAAGCCAGUGCAGGGCUAGCUCAUGAGCAGUGUUGCUCACCUGCUCAGUAGUUUCCAUCUUGUGACAUGAACAGCUUAGCUGACUGUGGAGGAGCAUCCAAACUGUCUCGCGUCGAGUCUGAGUUACUGAAGAGCCCAAAUCUGUGCAGGAUUUCCCUCAUCAGCCAGGCUGUAACAAUUCAACGGGUACUUCAUGAACAGCUGAGCUGUCCCUGUAACAGCAUUAGGAAACUUAGAGAGAGCAGGAGUCACUACAGCCACCCUAAGGUAAACCAUUCCCCAUUUAUGUAUCACAUCUUCUGGCAUCUCUGCAUCUUGGUAACUCACUGAAAAUCUGCAGAGCCUGGCUUCCUGCAAACAUAUAACCUUUGAAAAAUGGCAGGGAAGUGUCUCCAAAAACCUUACCAAUAGUUUUUGCAUGCUUUUCAUAAGAGCCCAGACUUAGAAAAUAGCUACACAGCUCCGGAAAUUAAUUUCCAGCUUUCCGUCUUCUAAACUUUCCAUUUUGUUUCUGACUUGCUGUGAGCCUGAUUGAGUUAUUUCAGAACACAGCCGCUCAGCCAAGUCAGAAAACCUAUUAACAAUGUCAACAAGACAUAGCUGAUUGCCCAGAACAGUUGACGCACAAACCCACAGAGAUUAAAAAACGAUUCGACAAACUUAAAAAAAAUAAUAUUUAAAUAGUGCCUUUUUUCAUCAGUUUCAAAAGGCACUUGGUAGAUGUGAUCAGAACUGUGACCUUUAUGAAACAGAGCUCUCUUGUUUAAAAUGAAGCACCAUUUUUCUACCAGAGGAAAACAUAAGCUUUUUAUAUACAUACCUAAAUCCUAACAGUUGAAGCAUCACUGAUGCUGAGAGAUAUGUUGUGUGCUAAGUCAGUGCUCAACUCUGCAUCUCCGUCUGGGAGUUAGAUCCUGGCAGAGAGAAAUCUCUCAAAGGAUUUCCAAGGCUUCCACUGACCAUAGAAUUCUUUUAAGCAACACAGAAAUGCAGAUUAUAUUUGUUAUUAGUCAAGUUUUGCUGUCACUUAGCAGUAGUAUCUGCCUGGAAAAGCAGCAGCUGCCUCAAAAGGGGUCUUUCAGCCUGAAGCAGCCUUCUCCCCAGAGGUCCAGCAAAGGCAGUGCUGCACAGUUAGCUUAGACAGUUGAGACUGGGUCUAGAUAUUCAGGGCAGCUGAAGCUGGGGUGAACAUGGUCCCAGUGCAAUGCAGGUUGGUGACACACUUACUUGCUAGGUCAUCUUCCUGCUUACCACAUAUUUCCCACUGCUGGUGAGCAAGCCACAUCAUGAUGUUGUCCUUGUGACCUGUGGAAGCCCCUGUCCACCUUCCUGGUCCAUUUUGCAGGUCCUGGAGUGCUCUGCCCAUGUCCCGAUGAGUGUCCAUAGCAGAGGGGUGGGUUUCCAGGCUGAGUGACACUGUAACCCAGGUUUGAAAGCAGCUCAGAGACAGGCAAAAAAUGGUUUGAGUGCAAAAAGGAAGGUCUGUCAGGACAAUACUCAUACCCAAGAGACUCCUGCAGUGAUGACAGAUUAGAUUGCAGGCCUUCUACUGAGCAAGCAUGGGGAUGGGCUGGCCAUGGGACAACACUACUGCUUCUCAGCUGAAGGGAUGCCUAAUACUCUAUUCUGACCUGACAUCAGAUUUUCUUUCUGUGAACAGUUGAAUUAUUCCCCUGCUCUAAGCACAAAGAUACGUUUUUUUGAUCAAGACAGGCUUGCCCAAGAAGAGCUCUAGCUGGGCCCAGGCCCAUCUCCAUUUGGUUCAAGGAGAGAAGUCUACCAGCUAUAUGGGCUUAUCCCAAACAGAUCAGUCCCUCACAGACAUCACUGUGCUUCCAGGAAUCCUGCCAUGUAUUUAUUUUGUGUAACAGGCCUGGCAUCAGCGUUUCACAUCAAGUUCUUGCUGCCCUGGCAUGAUGAAGCUUAAGCAGAUUUUCUUGUGUUGCCACAACAGGAAAACAAAGCCAGCCUGCGGCUUGGGUCUCCGGGCUGCCGAACACCCUGUAAGCUGUAUGGCUAUGGACGGGCUGUGGUUGGUGAGCUACCAGCCCUGGGCCAUAUCCAAACUGUGACAUUGUUAAGUGCCUGAAACCUGCAGGAAUUUUUAAAACAUAGCUUCUAAAACAGUGUCUCCCUUGAGCCCAUCACAAGCUGCGUUUUUCCUCCGUGAAAGCUGGCGUUGGAAAGGGACUUUGCUCUCAAACGUGGGCCCCAUCACAGCGUAAGGCUGACCAAGCUGGUUGGAGAGUGGGGUUGUCCCCCCCACAGCACAGUCCUACUUUACCACCAGUCCGAGAUCUGGAAGUGAUUACAAGUAACUCGGUCAAAAUGAUGGAUUUGAUGCUUGGCAUAGUCAGACGCAGCCAUCUCUUAAAUCUGCAGCCCCACAGCCCCAUCCUCCCUCUGUCCCUAUUGCUCCUGUCUACACGGCCAGGUUAGGCGGCAUUAGAAGAGCCCCAGUUCAUCUUAAUUGAUUGAUUCAUGAUUGGGAUAGGCGAUGAAUUUUGUGUCUUGCUCAAAGACCAGAAAUUGGCCAGUUAGGAGUCAUUCCCAGCAGCCAAGAGGUGCCUUAUUUGUAACAUGUUUUGUACAAAGGGAACAAUUUGUCCUGCUAGAGAGGUGUUUUUCUUUUAAAUGGAGCAUUUUUCAUCUCAAACAACAGAUCUUCAUUCACAUACACUUUGUCAAAGAUACAAAUGAUGAAUCUAGAACAUGGAAAUGCUGUUUAGGAAGGUGAGUUUCCUUGAAUAGCUGGGACUGUGGCUACAUGGUUUUUCCCUAGGAUCUUAACAUGCCUGUUUUCCAUAGUUCUGUCAGCCUGAUGGGUGAAGUCAGACUCUGCCUUUAGGAGUUAUUUUCUUUCAAUAGUUAUUUUUUGAAACCAGAAAUUUUCACAGAAGCUUCCUGUUUUUCAUUGUAGGUUUUUUUUUUUUUAAGAUGCUCUUUUUUACAUUUUACAUCAAAACAGAAUAUUUUGGAAGGUCUUGUCUCAAAGCUGAGGGGUUUGCCCUUCAUCCCCUUUCCUUCUGUGGUUGCUUUGCCACUGAAUGCAACAGAGCAUUCUUGUGUCUGCUCUGCCUUUGCCUUUCCUUAUUCCGUCUUGGUACUUUGUGUUUCAAGAGAUGAGGUGGGAACAGGCCUGUAUUGCUUGUCAUUGCAUUUGGGGCCAAAAAGGGGAAUCCUAGCUAAGUAUUGACCUUUCAGAAUCUGAGAAAUACUUUGCACAAGCCACAGAGAACAACUUUGACCAAAAAUCUUUCUUCUUUUUUUUUUUGUUAAAGACAGCUCUGCUUUUCUCAAUGUGAAAUACAGACAGAUUCGCACCUUGGGUGCAGGCUUUCUGGGAAUGAUGAAAUGAGGUUUGGGUGUUGACAGCAGUGUUUGAGUGAGCCUCUGGUCAGAGAAGUGAGUGCUGUUUAUUAUUUAUGUUGAGUGAGUCUUACAAAAAAUUGGGAAAGGUCACUAGAGGGAUAAUAAGCAAAAGAAUUUGUAGAGCAAACUGAAGACUGGAGGCUGUGUGAAUCUCAUCUAGAGGUGAAUCUCAUUUAGAUGUGAAUGAGGUUCUAUCUAUGAAAACUGUGAGCUAGGAUAUUUAGCCAUUUUAAUUUUAACCUGCCUUUUUUUCCUGCAGAGAAGAGUGUCCUUGCCUUCUUUAGAGUUAAAACAACACAGUCAGAUCCAUCCUCCAUCACAGUCUUUCAGUCCCACUGAAGCCUGUGAAUGUCAGCAUUCCCCAGGUUUGCAGGGGCCUCUGUGUAUCAGGCACACGCACACAGAGCUGGGUCUGUGGCUGUCCUUUAUAGGGAAGGGUGGAUCUCACUUGGUGGAUGUUCAUGUUUCUACUGCCAGAUGAACUCUGCUCCCUAAAUAUUUACCCCAUCACUCACAAAUUGCUUAGUUCUGGACAUCUCCUCCUAAGCACACCAAUAACCGCUGUAUUUUGUAAGUUCUGCAUGACACUCAUUCCUGCUCAGAUACUGUGAUGGCCAUCAAAAUGAGCAAAGUAUCCUACCAUGUGAAUAGUGACCUGGAGAUGGGGCUGAAAGGUGUUUGAAGGUUAGAGAAGGGCAAAGAGAACAUAUACUGGUGGAAAUGCUAAGGAUGUGUCAUAUUUUUAUUUUUGUAAGUCUGAUUCUCUAAGUGCUUGUAAAGUACUUUACUGUUGUAUAUGUGGUGAUGCAGUAGUUCACAAUAUCCUUUUAUUUUUGUAUAUUCCCCCUCCACAAUAAUCCCUUCCUGUUCAACUCAUACAGAGUAAUUUAAGAAGACAAAAUUUAUAUAUCGUAAUAAAAAUGCACAAACUGUUA